AUGGAUUACCUCACCGCCACGGGCAACCACAGCAACGCCACCGGGGGCUACCCGCCAGGGGCGGAGGUGGUCGCGGACUGGCUGGGCUCCGACAACGGCACCGGUUCUGCGGGGUUCUCCCCCCAGGUGGAGCUGGGCUACCAGGUGCUCACUUCCCUGCUCCUGGGGGCCCUCAUCUUGAGCUCCGUGUUCGGCAACGCGUGCGUGGUGGCCGCCAUCGCCCUGGAGAGGUCCCUCCAGAAUGUGGCCAACUACCUGAUCGGAUCCCUGGCCGUGACGGACCUCAUGGUGUCGGUGCUGGUGCUGCCCAUGGCGGCCCUGUACCAGGUUUUGAGCAAGUGGACUCUGGGCCAGGGCGUCUGCGACUUGUUUAUCUCCCUGGACGUGUUGUGCUGCACGUCCUCCAUCCUGCACCUGUGCGCCAUCGCGCUGGACCGCUACUGGGCCAUCACGGACCCCAUAGACUAUGUCAACAAGCGCACCCCGAGGAGAGCCGCGAUCCUCAUCAGCGUCACCUGGCUGGUGGGCUUCUCCAUCUCCAUCCCGCCCAUGUUGGGGUGGAGAAGCGCGGAGGACCGCGCCGACCCGGACGCGUGCAUCAUCAGCCAGGACCCGGGCUACACCAUCUACUCCACCUUCGGGGCGUUCUACAUCCCCCUCAUCCUCAUGCUGGUCCUCUACGGGCGGAUCUUCAAGGCGGCUCGCUUCCGGAUCCGGAAGACGGUGAGGAAAGAGAAAGUGAAAGCCGACAGGUGCUUGACUUUGUCCCCGGCGGAGGCGACCAGGCCGUGCGUAAACGGCGCGGUGCAGUUCGGCGACGAGGGCGAGUCCCUGGAGGUGGUGGAGGUGAGCAGCUCCAAGAGCCACCUGGCCCUGCCCAACACGCCGCAGUCGUCGUCGUCGCACGAAAACCUCAACGAGAGGAACUGCGGCGCCAAGCGCAAGUUGGCCCUGGCGCGGGAGCGCAAGACGGUGAAGACGCUGGGCAUCAUCAUGGGCACCUUCAUCUUCUGCUGGCUGCCCUUCUUCAUCGUGGCCCUGGUGCUGCCUUUCUGCGCCGAGAGCUGCUUCAUGCCGGACUGGCUGGGCGCCGUCAUCAACUGGCUGGGCUACUCCAACUCCCUGCUCAACCCCAUCAUCUACGCCUACUUCAACAAGGACUUCCAAAGUGCUUUCAAGAAGAUAGUCAAGUGCAAAUUCCACAGGCCGUGA